CCUCUCUAACAACAUGUACUUCACGGGACUGUCGGACUAGCUAACACCGUCUCCGUCCGAGUCGACUCCUUGUGGGACAGUUGGUCUUCGAGCUGAGAGGAUGAAGGGGAGGAAUCCUGGUAGUUUGUGGAGUUGGUAGCAACAGAAGAAACAGCAGCACUGGCAGCCUUUCCAGCUCCUGUUUGACACCUCAGUCUAUAGCGGAGCUCACCAUGAGUUAGAAGCAACAGAGAACAUCGCCACAGCUGCCUUCCCCACCAUCUGAAGCACCGCAUCUGACCGUGACAGCAGCAUCCGUCGCCCUGCUUCAUGAGCCAGCAGGAUGCAGCUGAGGUCCUCGCACUCUCCGAGCGCCUCCUCAUAGCUGCGCACAAGGGACAAGCUGACAAUGUGGUCCAGCUUAUCAACAAGGGCGCAAAAGUAGCCGUCACUAAGUAUGGCAGAAGCCCCCUUCACUUGGCUGCCUACAAAGGCCACAUUGAGGUUGUGCGUAUCCUGCUCAAAGCUGGCUGCGACCUGGACAUCCAAGAUGAUGGGGAGCAAACGGGGUUACACAGGGCUGCAGUGGUGGGAAACAGUGAUGUCAUCAGCGCUCUCAUCCAGGAAGGAUGCGCACUGGACAGACAGGAUAAGGAUGGCAACACUGCUCUCCAUGAGGUGUCCUGGCAUGGCUUCAGCCAGUCUGUCAAACUGCUGGUGAAAGCUGGAGCCAACGUUCAUGCAAAAAACAAGGCAGGAAACACAGCUCUCCACCUCGCGUGUCAGAACGGUCACGCUCAGAGCUCCAAGGUUCUGCUCCUGGGAGGUUCCAGGCCCGACAGCAAGAACCAUGCCGGAGACAUGUGUCUGCAUGUGGCGGCUCGCUACAACCACGUGGCCAUGAUCCGCAUCCUGCUGGGUGCCUUUUGUUCCGUGUCAGAGAAGAACCUGGCUGGGGACACACCGCUACACGUGGCAGCUGCUCUGAAUCAUAAGAAGACAGUACGUCUGCUGCUGGAGGCGGGGGCAGACAGCCGCAUCUGCAACAAUGCAGGUCAAACAGCUUUGGAUCAGGCCAGAGAGCACAACAACCCGGAUGUGGCUCUUCUACUGACCAAAGCUCCCCAGGUGCAGAGGUUUGUACGUGGCAGGAGUGUGAGGAAGAGGAGAGACAAGCUGAAGGCAGAGGGCAGAGCGCAGUCGGUGCCCAGAGAUGAAAUGCUGCCCUGUAAGGACAGUGCAUCUGCUGCAGAUGACACCCAGAGCAGUGACCAAGCUGCCUGCAAACACGCCGAGGUGACCGAGUCAAACACCAGGCGGGGAAAGAACAGGAAGCAGAAAGAAAAACCAUCUUUGUCUGACCCCCUCCGCCGCAGAGAGACCAGGCACAGUGAAGCCUUUCACAAGAGGAAAGACAAGCUGCGAGGAGCCGCCCUUCACGCAUCCAUCCCUCCACACAGCUACAAAGCCUAUCAGCUCUACACGCUGUACCGCAGCAAGGAUGGCAAGAUCAUGCAGGCUCCUUUGAACGGCUGCCGCUGUGAACCUCUCAUCAAUAAACUGGAGAACCAGCUAGAGGCCACUAAGGAAGAGAUGAAGACUGAGAUCCACACUGUCCAAGACCUGAUGAACAGUAAGAUGGGCCAGCUGGACCGCAAGAACAAACACCAGAUCCGAGCUCUUGACAAGAUGACGGUGGAGAGAGUGUCAGCAGAGAGGAGUGAGUGUCUGCAGAGGAUCGAGCAGCGAGCCCUGCAGGAGAGACUGGAGGCAGAGAAGAGACAGCAGGCGUCCCUGGUCAGUGAUCUGAAGAGCUGGUGUCUGUCCAAGCUGCAGAACAUGGAGUUUCGUUUCACAGGAGACCCCAGCAGCACCAAGCUGCAGCGCUCCUCCUCCGCGGCCGAGGGCCUGAACGAAGCCAAUGGAGCCGACCUCACCGUGCUGCCGCCCGGCCGGGGAGGCAGCUCCCAGUGCCUGGAGCUCCAAAACAGCCCUGCCGUCCUGGACUUUGGCGAGGGGGAUCCCAUUGUGGCAGAAGGGGGGUCAGCCAACCACUACUUUGUGGUUCAUGUGGAGACUUCUCCAGAUGGUGACAAGGCGCAGAAUGCUGAAGCCACCUCUCCUGCAGCAGGAAAGAGCCCGCUGUCUUCAGUCCAGGUAGUUCGGCCGAAGGAGCGGUCAGUGAUCUGCGCUGACACCCAGAGGAAGAGCCAGGACCCGGACACGGUGGAGUACGGGGCGAGGGGAGCCAGGAAUUACAGAGCUAGCAGCCUUUCUCCAGCCACAGAGCGCUGCUGCAGCAGCAGGACUGAGGCCGGACUCACAGACAGGGAUCGAGGGCGGGACAGAGGGAAGCACCGCAAAAAGCAUUCCCAGGGCAGGACUAAAUCCAGAGGGGCCACAGGGGUCAGGACUCUGGAGGUCUUUGGGGACCAGCCCAGUGAACCGUCCUUUGCUCAGGAGAGGAACAACAUGCACGCUCUGGAGGUGACCCAGUACUUCUUCGAGGCUGUGUCGACGCAGAUGGAGCGCUGGUACGAGAGGAAGGUGCAGGAGGCUCGCUGGCAGGCCAAUCAGAGGGCUCAGGCCGACAGAGCCGCUCUGGUCGAGAGGAUCACUUACCUGGAGGAUGAGCUGCGCAUGUUGAGGACAAACAGACAUGACGACUGCUAACACACACACACGUCACUACCAGGCCACAGAAAAACUAACAAGAUCGCUGUGAGAUUAGAGUUGGCCCUUAUCAACAGCUGUAAUAUGAUGUGGAUUCAUGAUGGAAACGGACGCAUCAUGAAAUACAGCUAUUCCAGUUUAACAGAUGCCCAAAAAUGGUCUACAUUCAAAUCCCUGUUGGUUGCCAUGGUAGCACUGGACUGAUCUAGUACUGAAGUAAUAAGGGCAGCUAUCAUGCACUGUGUUGUAAAUAAACCAGUAGAUAUAAAGCUAGGUGUCAGAUUGAUCUAAUGUGCCAUUUACAGGAGAGACACACUGCAUCACUUCACACAUCAACACUGUUGUGCAGUAUGUACUCACACAUAAACACAUUAAAAGCCCAAAUACUCUACAUAUUGGUUUCAUAUUGGCCAUAAAUGAUCAGCACAAUGGUAUCAUUGAUCAUAGUGGAUGCUGUCUGGAUGGAGGGAAUUGCAGUAUAAUAAGCUUUUGUUGGUAUAUGCAUGCUGGAAUCAGCCCUGUGACUUUAGAGCAACAACCUACUGCUUAUUUAUGAGAAUGUAGCGACCCCUACUGAAGGUUUUUGUUUUUGUUUACGAGUAUGAAUAGUUGCUGUUGCUGCAUGAUAUGAUUUGUAUGGAGGAUGGAGUUUGCCAAUAGAAUCAUUUUAGACUUUUACAAUGUGUAAAUAUAAUUAGUUCAUGAACUGAUUAAAUUUGAAAAAGCGAAUAAAUUAUCGAUGAUAUCCUCCUAAAUUCAACAUUUCAUUUGCCUUUUGCUUUCAAGGGCCAGUUUGUAGGAUUUCUGUUUAAUGUUUUCAUCAGUGUAUAAUCAUCUGAAAAUAAGAAUUGUGUUUUUGUUGCCUUAGAAUGAGCUCUUUAUAUCUACAGAGGGAGUGGGUCCUCUUCAAUGUUGCACUGCCAUGUUUCUAUAGUAGCUCAGAAUGGACAAACUAAACCCACUGGCUCAAGAGAGGGCCUUUCAAGACCACUCUUGGCCAGACUUGGAAAGGGAGGAUGAGGCAAGGUGCAUUCGGUUGAUUACAAUCUGCAACCUUACUGCGAGAUUCCACUAUAUCCUACACACUGGCCCUUAAGAUAGUUUCCAUUUAAUGACCACUUUCAAAUGUGUAAGCAGUGUGCCACA